AUGGUGGCAAUCGAUCACAAAAAGGGGCAAAACAAGAGUUUGUUGGCUCUUGUCGUUCACAGAGUAAACACACCAUCUCCAGUGAGGUAUUUUGGCAAAAUAGAAGAACGAAGGGAAACAAACGCAACAAGGGCUACUCAGCGAUGGUGCUAUAUAAGGACGGAUACAAUUGGUGUUCCUAGGGCUUUUUUUUUUUCCUUCAGCAAGUGUAGAACUGUAGCAGCGGCCGCCAUGGUUUUGAAGACUGAAUUAUGCCGUUUCAGUGGCCAGAAGAUAUAUCCUGGAAGGGGUAUCAGAUUCAUUAGAUCAGACUCUCAGGUCUUCCUUUUUGCCAAUUCCAAAUGCAAAAGGUACUUCCAUAACAAGUUGAAGCCUUCCAAGCUUACAUGGACAGCCAUGUACAGAAAGCAACACAAGAAGGACAUUGCUCAGGAAGCAGUGAAGAAGAGAAGACGUGCAACCAAGAAGCCAUAUUCGAGAGCCAUUGUGGGGGCCACUUUGGAAGUUAUUCAGAAGAAAAGAAGUGAGAAGCCUGAAGUUCGUGAUGCUGCUAGGGAGGCAGCUCUUCGUGAGAUAAAGGAAAGGAUUAAGAAGACAAAAGAUGAGAAGAAAGCAAAGAAAGCAGAGGUGGUGUCAAAACAAAAGACUCAAAGCAAGGGUGGCAGUGCCCCUAAAGGUAAAGGACCUAAGUUAGGAGGUGGUGGUGGCAAGCGUUGAUUUUUGUUGAUUUUCUUGGUUGAACAUUUUAAUAUUUUGUAUUGUUUAUGUUAUUUGCUUCUGGGCAAACUUGUCUUUUAGAUGUUUGUUACUAUUUUCUUUUACCAAUUUUGAGAGUUAAGCAUCUGCAAUAUCUUGUUUUGAAUCAAAUUAGGGUUAUGAUUUCAGUCA